AUGCCGCUGGUGCCGGGGCUGGCUCCAGCCGCUCCAAAAAUCCAGCCCGACGGGAUGGGCCUCUCGGCAAACCUGUCGAGCUGCAUUCAGCCGCACCAGAGCCGGCGUCCAUGUGCCACCGGCCACUCGUGUGCCGUGGCUGCAGCCAGCGGGACCGCCGAGAACUCGCUGCUGUCGACCCUCCCUGCGAGCCCCGGACCCAGGCACGGACGUGGCGUGGAGGUCCUGCCGGCAGCGCUGCAGCCCUCGGGCACUCGGAGGCAUCCCCCUGAGCCCCAGCAGCGGCGGCAGCAGCGGCAGCAGCGGCAUCGCCCUCCCGUGCGGGAAGCAGCUGCGGCUCCCAGGGAGCUCGGUUGUGCUCGGACCCUCCGGCCAUGGACGGGAAGCAGGACGGCCAUGAGCAACUGCAGCGAGCAGGAGUACUGGGACAGCCUCGUCUGCCAGUGCAUCCCCUGCAGCCUGGUCUGCAGCCAGCCUGCAGCCAGCAGGUGUGCUGCCCUGUGUGAGUCCAUGGAGUGCAACAGGAGAGUUGGCUUCUACUAUGACGAGCUCCUGAAAGCAUGCAUUGAUUGCAGCAUGGUCUGUGGGCAGCACCCGAAGCAAUGUGCCCCAACCUGUGAAGAUGCCUGGGUGGCCACCCCCCCUCCCUCAGCAGCUGUGCUGGAGCAGAAGGCCUGUGUGGAGCAGGAGCCGUGGCUGGUGGUGUAUCUGCUGCUGGGGCUCUGCCUCUGUGCCCUCAUCUGCUCCCUGCUCCUGGGCUGGACCCACCUGCGGAGGAAGGGAGAAGUGGUCUCCUGCCAAGCCAGUGCUGGGACCUGCCACCGCAAGGAGGACCCCUCCAAAGACCAUCUGGUGGAAGCAGGCAGCGUCGCUGAUGGAUCCACCGGCAGCAGGGUCCCAGAGCCAGUGGAAACCUGUGGCUUCUGCUUCCCUGGACAUGGCUCUGCAGUUCAAGAGACCAAAGCAGGCCACAGCACCUCCCAUCACAUCCAGGAGAGGGCUGCUCCCUCUCACCCUGGGGUACGCAGCACGGGAAGCGCUGGGGCCAUUCCCAGCCCUGAUGAUGUCCACUUCAAAAUCAUUUGUUCCCCUUCACAAGAGAAGACCCCCAUGGUGUGACCACAGUGACCAUCCCUGCACAGGACUGGAAAGGAGGGAUGCUCCCUCUGCCCCCCAAAACACAGCUGCU